GUUCAGACUGCCGUGCCUACGGCCACGACCGCCAGCCAAUGCAACACCGGGUCCAUUCAGUGCUGCAACUCCGUCCAGAAUGCAUCCAGCUCUAAUUCCAACUUUCUGCUCGGCUUGUUGGGAAUCGUCGUGUCUGGGGUUGACGCGCUGGUUGGUAUCACAUGCUCCCCCAUCACAGUCAUUGGUCUUGGCAACAGCGGCUGCUCUGCCAACCCCGUUUGUUGUGAGAAUAACAGCUUCGGCGGCCUCAUCUCUCUUGGCUGUGUUCCGAUCACUUUGUGA